AUGAGCGAUGUUAAUAUCGAGUCACCUCCGUCGAUGCAUCCAUGCAAGAAAAUUUGUGAUAUAACAGGAUAUGAGGCACCAUACUAUGAUCCCAGGACUACUCUUCGAUAUGCAAAUGCUGAUAUCUUCAAGGUCAUAAGAUCACUUCCUAAUGAGUAUGUUCAGAGGUAUUUGGCCAUGAGAAAUGCAGCUGUUGUUUUAAGGUAA